AUGGGCAGAUUCGGAGAUUCAAAGGCGGCUGGCCUACUGCGCAAGCUUGAGGUGGACUCAGAGCCCGGCUUGACAAAUGCACAGUUGUUUCUAACGAACCAUGAUUUGAAACCGGUCGAAGAGGCUCGUCGCAAAUGGGGAAACUGGAAUUUUGUCGCCUUUUGGAUUGCUGACUCGUUCAACAUCAAUACUUGGAUGAUCGCGUCAGCGUCAAUUACACAGCACGGUCUUGCGUGGUGGCAUGCCCGGUUGUGCGUGUGGAUCGGAUAUUUUAUCGCAGCCUGCUUCAUCUGCAUGACUGGACGCAUCGGCGCCACCUACCAUAUUUCCUUCCCUGUUGUUUCAAGGGCUUCCUUUGGCAUAUGGGGUUCACUGUGGCCCGUCUUCAACCGCGCAGCCAUGGCGUGCAUCUGGUAUGGCGUGCAGGCCUGGAUCGGUGGUAAUUGUGUGGUGUUGAUGAUACGAGCCAUCUGGCCCUCAUUCAACAACCUUGACAAUACCAUGGAAGGUUCUGGGACCAAUACGCGCGACUUUGUGGGAUUUUUCAUUUUCUGGGCUGGCUCCCUUCCCGCGAUUUGGUUCCCGGUACACACCAUCCGCCACCUUUUCACAGCCAAAGCAAUCUUCGUUCCCAUUGCGGGAAUAGCAUUCUUCGGAUGGGCCAUCGGAAGAGCUCAUGGAAUCGGCCCUAUUGUCCAUCAACCGGCGACUUCCUCCGGCUCUACACUGGCUUGGGGCUGGGUGUCUGGCAUUAUGAGUUCAAUCGCCAAUUUUGCCACCUUGAUUGUCAAUGAUCCGGACUUUGCUCGUUUCGCAAAGAAACCGAGCAAUGCGUUCCUGCCCCAACUUCUGACGAUUCCCUUCGGAUUUGCGGUAACUUCCUUCAUCGGCAUCAUCGUAUCGUCUUCGUCAAAGGUCAUCUACGGCACUGCUAUCUGGAACCCCCUGGAUCUCCUGUCUCAAUUUCUUUUGGACGAUGCCUCAUCAGCUGAGCGAUUUGGUGUGUUUAUUAUCGCCGCCGGUUUCGUCCUGGCUCAACUCGGUACCAAUAUUGCAGCAAACAGUGUCUCAGCAGGUACGGACCUAACAGCCUUGCUACCUCGCUACCUCAACAUCCGCCGAGGAGGAUACAUCUGCGCGAUUGUCGGGUUGUGCAUGUGCCCCUGGAAUCUCUUGAGCACUUCGAACAACUUCACAACGUACCUAUCAUCCUACAGCGUCUUUCUAUCUUCCAUAGCUGGAGUCAUGAUUUGCGAUUACUAUUUGGUCCGCCGUGGAUAUCUCUCUCUCAAGGACCUCUAUUCGGCACGGAAGGGCUCGCCAUACUACUUUCAUUUUGGCUUCUCUUGGAGAGCGUACGCGGCCUACAUUUGUGGCAUUCUCAUCAACGUGGUUGGCUUUGCCGAUGCCGUCGGGACGAAGGUCCCGAUCGGCGCAGUGUACAUCUACCGAGUGAAUUUUUUCGCGGGGUUUCUGGUCGCCAUGGCGACAUACUAUCUUUUCUGCCGGUGGAAACCCAUUCCCGAGACCAGUAGCGUGUGGUGUGAGAAGGGCGACCAAGGUGACCGGCAAUUCAGCGUCGUAUACGUCGAUGGCACCUCUGCCUCGUUUGACGAGGAGAGAUCAAGCGGCGCCCCAGGGGAUGGGCCCAGUGAUGAAGAAAAGGAAGUCGGCUACCGGGACGAGACGCAAACGCGCGAUCCGCAUGAAGAUCCCCACGAGGAGAGUCAAGUUCGAUCGAGACGCUGGGCGCCAUGGACCAAGAGGAGGUCUUGA